AUGGAGGGUGAAGAUUUGUUGUCUGUUUCCUCCGUGGACCAAAAACUUCCCAAAGUGGAGAUCCUGAAGAGACUCAUCACCGAGAAACUGACCACGGCGGCCCGGGAGAUCUUAGCGGUGGUGGAGAGAACCGUGUCCGGGUACGAGGAGGAGGCGGCGGGGCUGAGGACGGAGAUCGACCGGCAGAGGAGUCAGCUGGAGGCGGUUCUUCAGCCCCGGGUCUCUCUCUGCAGGAUGACCGGUGAGUACCUCAGACUGUGGACUAAACCUCAGACCAGAUCCUGAUGGUUUAACUUCAUACCCUCCAGAUCCGGGAGGACCUGAACCUGGAGGUGAAGACGAACUUAUUUAGGUCCGUUUGGUGGUAGUUCUGGUUCUGGUCCUGCAGGGAAAGAGAAUCCGUACUGUGAGGAUCAGCAGGCCAGUUUCUGGUGGUUUUGGUGCUGUGGGCAGGUUCUAGGAAACCUGGAUCUCCAGAGAACUUCUCAGCAGAUGAAGCAUGAAGGUCUCCAGAACUUCCUGUGUACCAGAUUAGUUCUUCUGUUCAGGUCCAGAUCUUUCUCUUCUUCACUUCAGAUGGAGGCGAGGACCUGGGUCACUCUGAAGAUGAGGGGUCAGUGAAGACCGGGGUCAUUAACCUUCAUGUGGGUCUGCUGCAGGACUCUCAUCCCCGGUUUCUCAGUAGGAACGGUGAGAGAAGAACUUUUCAAUGAUAGUUUGUGGUUCUGUCCGUGUGAGACAUGGUUCUGUUCUGGUUCUAGUGGUCCAGUCUGAGGUUCAGGAGGUGAGGUGUCCCAGAGGCUUGAAGGAGGAAGAAUUCCUGGACCUCCUGAAGACCACCUUCCCUCAGCUGUCCAGAGAGGUCGAGAUCUUCUCUGUCGACGCUUCUGGGAAACUGAAGACCCUGGACCUACGGGACCUGACGCCAGAGGAGAUCCAAAGUUCUGGAGGAUCAGUUCUGUACAUCCGAGAGAAGGUGGGUCAUCAUCAGAUCUUCUCCUGAACCUGACAGGGUUUGUAAAUGUUCCUCCAGAUGAGUUGAAGAUGAACGUUCCUCCUUGUUUUUGUCCAGGCAGCAGACGACUCUGUGAAGAACCCGACAAAAGAGGACGCCACCACCAACAACGACAACAACGGAGGUCCAUCUCUGAAGACCCCGGGCAGGAGGAGGACUUCUCUGAACCUCCGAGUUUGUCUGCUGAAGGACUCUGAGACCAACGUCCUGAAAAGAGGAGGUGAGAAGACCGAGUCAGAGGUUCUCAGGGUUCUUCUGCUGGAGUCUCCACAGACCUCCGAUCAUCAUGUAUCUUCAGUAUGUGUGUUAGCUCCUCUAAUGAGGGUCCUUGUGGUCCAUCGUCAUCCUUGAGCGGAGGUUCUAACCACAGGAGAACUUUCUGAGAACUUUGACGUCUUCUGUUUCUUCUUCUUCUGUGUUUUAGUUUUGAGGUCUCAGGUGCAGGAGGUCAGGUGUCCUCGUGGUCUUCAGGAGCCGCAGUUCCUGGACCUGCUCAGGUCCUCCUUCCCUCAGCUGACGGGACUGUUUGAUGCUUUCACGGUGGACACCACGAAGAAACUGACCCCCCUGAACCUGAAGACCCUGACGCCUGAGAAGAUCCAGAGGGCCAUCCAGUCCAGGGGGAAAGGGAGAUCAGCUCUGUACAUCCGGGCCAAGGUAGGACCAGGUGGACCUACAAAAAAACACCAGGACUUGAUCGAUCAGUUUUUAUUUAUAAAUCAAUUUUCAUACAAAAACCGAUGAAGCACAAAACAAAUCUACUCCAAACCCUGGUUCCCACGGUCUAAACGCAACAAAAACAGGUUUUAAAAUGUGUGAAAUUAAAAAAGUUGAUUUUGUGGAAACAGGAAACGCCGUUUUCAGUGCUGCCAACUCUUCAGUGAGGAAAGUAGCUAUUGGACGCUGUAAGGGAGAGGAACAACGUAGUGGGAGAGACAAAAAGUGAGUAAAAAGGUGAACAAAAAAGUGAGUUAAAAAAUUUAAAAAAAAAAAGUGAGUAAAAAAGUAAAUAAAAAGUGAGUUAAAAAGAUUAAAAAAAGAGUAAAAAUGUAAAUAAAAAAGUGAGUAAAAAGUGAAUAAAAAAGUGAGUAAAAAGUAAAUGAAAAAGUGAGUAAAAGGUGAUUAAAAAAGUGAGUAAAAGUUUUUUUUUUAAAAAGUGAGUAAAAAAGUAAAUAAAAAGUGAGUUAAAAAGUUUAAAAAAAGAGUAAAAAAGUGAGUAAAAAGUGAAUAAAAAAGUGAGUAAAAAGUGAAUAAAAGUGAGUAAAAAAGUAAAAAAGUAAAUAAAAAAUCGAGUAAAAAAGUAAAAAAAAGAGUAAAAAAGUUAAUAAAAAAAAGGAAAUAAAAAAUUGAGUAAAAAAGUACAAAAAAAGUGAGUAAAAAAGUAAAUAAAAAAUGAGUGAAAAGUGAAUUAAAAGUUGAAUGAAAAAGUGAAUAAAAAGUAUGUUUAGAACUACAAAAAAACUUUCUUCUGUCGAUUCUUGUUUUUUUUUAGUGUCACCAAACCAACCCUCCUCCUUUUUCCGGGCUUGGGACCCGAAAAAUUGACCCAAUCGAGACAAUUUGGUGGAGUUACUGAGUUUUUAAAAGUUAUGUUUGUUUUAAAUACAACAGAUCACAGUUAAAUCUUUUUACUUGAACAUUUUAAACAGUUUGUCCAAUCUAAAUCUAAAAGGGAUGUCUUUCCUGUCAUUCCUUGAGUACGCAGUGCCGUAGUGAAGAAAUACAUAAAUCUGACACUAAAUAGUACAGUAAUUUGAAAUAUGUGUUCCAGACAGUCAUGAAUAUCGUGUUAAUAAGACAAAAGUUUCAGACAGUCUCAAAAGAAAUGAUGAUAGUUUGCUAAAUCCGAACCACACGUCCUCCAACAACUCGAUGUUUCUUCUGAGUUGGUCUUAAAAAAAAUCUCAUCAUGACGUUUUUCCAUCUGAAUUCCCGUCAGCUCGGUGAAUUUGUGGUUUUCCACUUUUAUUUAAUCCUUUCCGACAUCGACGUUUACUAUGAAGGCUGGUGGAAUUAAGGAGUCUUGAAAACUAUAAUCCAGAUUUUAAUUUCUGUCACUCCCAGAUUUGUAAAUCGAGACAAAGAUCUUUAGAAGAGAACUCGUCGGUUCCUCCGUCAGGAUCGAUAAAAUCACUGAACUGGUUUAAACUUCUCUUUACUAAAAUUUUACUUCAAGAUUGAAAAACUGUUUUUAAAUCAUUUCAGGACUCCAGGAGCUUCAUGGAGAAACCUCCUCCUUCUGAUGGAAGAGCUGAAGCUGUGGAUGAAAGUUCACCUGAUGGGAGGUGAGUCCCUCAGACUGGUUCUUUCAGCGUGGAGACUCUCUCUGAUGAUGUCUGAGCUGAAAAUGAUGGACCUGCUCUUCUUCUUCUUCUUCUCAAAAAGAGUGGAAGAACUUCUCCAACACGUGGGAGCGACAGAAGAUGGUGUUGAACAUGAUGGAAGAUCACAGGACUUCAGAGACCCCAAUUCUGCCCGUCAUGGAGCCGACAGCGACGAUGGAGAUGAUGGAGAUGAAGAGUGGAAACCAGACGAGAACUGUGAAGAAACCGAGGAGAUGAAGAAGAAGAAGAAGAUCCGUUCAUCCGUCAGAACAAAGAGAAGAAAACCGAAGCUGUCGUCUUUGAAGGUGGAGACCAGCGGAGCUCCUCUGUCCUGUAGAGUCUGCAGAGCUCUGAGAGGAUCGGAGAACAUGUUGAUCAAACACUCCUGGAGUCACGUGGACGACCCAGAAGGUCUCUGUGGAGUCUGUGGAGAACAUUCAGAGGAUCUGAGGAGUCAUCUGAACGCUCACCAGAAAACCCACAGCUGUGACGUCUGUGGAAAGACCUUCCUGUCUCUGGUGGGUCUUCAGAGACACGUUCCUCUACACUCCAGAGAGAAACCGUUCGAAUGUCAGACCUGCGGGAAAGUGUACGUGAGUAGAAGCAGUCUGAGGAACCAUCAGUGGGAACACGUGGAGAAUAAACGACAUGGAUGUGACGUCUGUCACCGAUCCUUCGCCUUCAAACAGCAGCUGAGGAUCCACAGCAGAACCCACACAGGUGAGAAACCCUUCACCUGCGACGUCUGUGGGAAGUCCGUCUCUGACCUCAAUUCCCUGUCCAGACACAACCUGAUCCAUGCCGGGGAGAAACGCUACGGCUGUCGGUUCUGCGGGAAGCGCUUCUUAACUCCAGGAAAAGUCCGAGAACAUGAGAAGAUCCACACGGUGAGGGACAGAAGAUACCUCUGUGAGAUCUGCUGCAAAACCUUCCACACGCAGGGUGAGCUCAACGCUCACCUGAGGACGCACAGCCAGGACAAGAUCAUGUGUGGCGUCUGUGGGAAGGGGUUGUCCUCCAAAGGAGCUCUGAGGAGACACGCCUUCAUCCACACCGGGGAGAAACCGUACGAGUGCUCGGUGUGUGGGCGGAGCUUUAACUCCAGCAGUCUUCUCAGGAACCAUCUGAAGACCCACUCAGGGGUCAAACCGUUCGUUUGUAGUAUUUGUGGGAAGGCGAGCUCCAGGAAAGAACAUCUGAUCGUCCACAUGAGGACCCACAACGGGGAGAAACCGUACAGGUGCACCGUGUGUGACCGAGGCUUCACGCAGAGUCACUGUCUGAAAACACACAUGAAGAGCCACCAGGGGGCGGCGGAGGAGGAGGAGAGGGCGGCGGCGGGCGGACAGACGGACUGA